UUGCCACCUCUUUGCUCAUACCAUCCCCUUGACAGCAGUCUUCUUUGUUUGACCCUAUAUCCUCUCCUCAGUAUCCUUUGCUUCUUGUACGCUCUCCAAUUUCCUCAUUUUUCAAAAAAAAAAAAAAACCAUUCUGAAUAGUGAUUCUUUAUUCUACUGGUACUCCUAGUUUUCUUGCCUAAUUUUGAACAGUUAUUUUACGUUAGCCUAAGAAGAAUGGCAUCAAGCUCAAUGUCCUCCCGUGGUUCUGGUUCAUGGACAGCCAAGCAAAACAAAGACUUCGAAAGGGCUUUGGCUGUGUAUGAUAAGGACACCCCUGACCGUUGGUACAAUGUUGCCAAGGCGGUUGGAGGGAAAACUGCUGAAGAAGUGAAAAGGCACUAUGAGCUCCUCGUGCAGGAUGUGAAGCACAUCGAGUCAGGCCAAGUGCCCUUCCCCAACUACAGGACCUCUGCCGGAAAUAGCCGAGGAUGAAAAGUAUGGAGCCCAAUUGAGGAAUGGACUUGCGUCACCUACAAUAAAGAUCCAUUGCCGCCGCCUGCUAGUAUAUCAGAUGUCACCAUAGUGAUUGUAGUAAUAGUACUAAUUAUAGCAGAAUCGCGAUUAGUGACUCCAUCUCCUCCUCUAAGUUUUAGUUAUUACGCUCUUUAUAUAUUCUAUGUCAUCUAUUAAUAAUGUAUCGGGAAGUGGCACAUAAUCUGUCAUCUUUCUUCCUCUCUCCUGUGCUCUUUUUGUGAAAGAAUCUCUUUUGUUGGAAUCUAUAGUACGUAUUUUGUUUA